AUGUCUACAGAUCAUGGAAAGUCGACUCUCGCAGAUAGGCUUCUUGAGCUGACGGGUACUGUGACGACGAGUUUGAAGGGUUCUAAUCAACAAUUCCUCGAUAAGUUGAAGGUUGAAAGAGAAAGAGGAAUCACAGUCAAGGCGCAGACCGCAAGCAUGUUUUACGGCUAUAACGAUUCGAGGUACUUGUUAAAUCUCAUCGAUACACCUGGGCAUGUCGACUUCUCUUGGGAAGUUUCUCGAUCCAUGUCGGCUUGUCAAGGCGCACUUCUGCUUGUUGACGCCACCCAAGGAGUCCAAGCCCAAUCACUUUCUGUUUUCCAUACCGCUCGCGAAAAAGGAUUAAAGAUUAUUCCUGUACUCAAUAAGAUCGACCUUCCUGCUGCUCAACCAGAAAGAGUUACAGCGCAGAUACAGUCUACCUUUGGGCUUAAGCCCGAAGAAGUUCUCCAUAUCUCAGCGAAAACGGGGCAAGGUGUUGCUGCAGUCCUUCAAGCGAUUGUAGAGCGAAUGCCCCCACCAUCCGGCAGUCCUUCUGAGAAUUUGAAAGCACUACUAUUCGAUUCAUCAUACGACCGAUAUCGCGGUGUUAUAUCGUUGGUGAGUAUACAGAGUGGAACGCUUCGUAAAGGUGACAAGAUUGCUUCUUGUCAUACUAGGAAAAGGUACGAAAUCACCGAUCUGGGCAUUAUGCACCCAGAAGAAGUGCCAACUACUCAGCUCCUCCCGGGACAAGUCGGCUAUAUUGCGUGCAACAUGAAACAGUCCUCGGAAGCACAUAUCGGUGACACGAUUCACCGGGUGGGUGAGACUGUCGAACCUAUGGCUGGGUUCCAGCCUGCGAAAGCAAUGGUCUACGCAGGGAUAUUCCCUGUCGACAGCAGUGAUUUUGCCAAGUUAGAGGAGUCGAUCAAGAGGUUGACACUCACCGACCGUAGCGUAAGCGUACAGCGUGAAUCUUCAUCAGCACUAGCACAAGGCUGUCGGUUGGGCUUCCUUGGGACGUUGCAUAUGGACGUAUUUCGUCAGCGACUUGAAGACGAAUACGAUGCAAACAUCAUCAUAACUGCGCCGACGGUGCCAUAUAAAGUGAUAUACAAGGACAGAACGGUGUUUGUCAGCAAUCCGACAGACUUUCCUGAGACUAGCGAUACGUCGUCGAAGGUGCGGGAGGUGCAGGAACCUAUCGUGAAAGCGACGAUCAUUGCCCCUGGAGAAUAUCUUGGCGAGAUGAUGGAUUUGUGUUUUUCACACCGAGCAGAAGAUAUGGACCACCGCUAUAUGGAGACUUCCAGCGAGGCAUCCGCCCGAGCUAUCCUAACUUGCACUAUGCCUCUGAGCGAGAUUGUGACGGGGUUCUUCGAUAAAUUGAAGAGUCGCAGCUCGGGUUUCGCUAGCUUCGACUACGAGGACGCUGGCUACAAGCGCAGCAAUCUUGCUAAGAUGGUUUUUCUACUCAAUAACAAGCCCGUAGACGCUUUGGCUCUUAUAGUCCAUCGAUCUGCCGAACAGGCAAUAGGUAGGACCUGGGUCAAGAAGCUCCACAAAGUGAUUCCUCGCCAGAUGUUCGAAGUGCCCAUUCAGGCGGCGGUGGGUAAGAAAGUCGUCGCCCGUGAAACCUUGUCGGCUCUUCGUGCGGACGUCACAGCUGGGCUUUAUGGAGGGCAUUAUGAGCGCAAGAUGAAACAUCUUGAGAAUCAGAAAGAGUCGAAACGGCGCAUGAAGCGCUUCGGAAGUGUCGAGCUACCCCAAGAAGCAUUCUUCGAUAUCUUGAGAACGAAGACUUCUUGA